GGCGAUGUAAGCUAUCCCGCCAUCAUCGCAUCACUUUUUUACGGUUUAAAAAUUGGGCAUCGUGAGACGCCAUAAUGUACGAUGCCAUAGACGGAGGUAAAUUCAGCUUUGUCGUAUCUCCCCGUGAAGGACCUGAUAAACUGCCGACCUUGAGGGAAGGGGUGAUUCCACAGCCAGACAGUCCUCGUAUUUUGUUUUAUCGCUCUAAUCCUCAACAGUUGCCAGCGCAUGUGUAACAUUGAUCCGUUGCCUUCUUGUUCGCUUCUUCCCCCUGGUUCUCGCCUCAGGCACUUUAUCUAUCUUACUUCUGUAUCCGGAUCACCCGCCACACAAGCAUCAGGGAUGGAUCAACAGAUUCAUUCCUUUUGGUUCAAGUACCUAGUAUCUCUCACGGACUUUUUAUGGUCAUGAAACCGCAAGGGACAGUGCUCUGGCGUCGCCCGCGGAGAAAGGUGGAUAGUACGAGCUGAC